CAACUGGCGUGGCCCAGAUGGCCACCUUUGGUAGACAGCCCGAGGGGAACAACGCCCCACCGCGGCACUGCCCUCCGCCGUGUGCUACUCGCCUAGUUUCUCGCGGGGCCUCGCUUCGCAGCCGGAGGAAAUAGGAAAGGAGGAUUGCCACGGCGGCCAAUGGUGGCGGCGACGGGCCAACGGCCACCUGAGCGCGGCCGGCCCCACCCUCGCCAUCUUCAUCGACGCGCACGAGGACCUGGCCCUGCACUGAAGUCGCUGCUUCGUCGAUGGGAUCUGCGGGCGGUGGCGGCGGCCUCCUCUGCUGCCCCUGAUUCCCCACGGCAACCAACUGGCCGUUCCCUGGCCAUCGUGUCGCAGUGGCGUCCCGCCGUGCCAACAGGCCUCGCUGGUGGCUGGUCGGGGGCCGUCCCAACCGCACGGCCGUUGCUCCAACCUCCGGAUCCAUUUUUUGGAUUCAGAAGUUAGAUGCCACCGAUCCAUCGCUGGCAACGCGGUAUGUCAUAUUUUAUCUCCACCAUCAUUUCAUUGAAAAACUGAAAAGCCAGUCAUUGUCAUCGAAAUUGCAUCGAAAGUACAACAAUUCUGACUUAUAUGCAGUAACGCGCAAACUGCGGGACACAUAUUGUAUUGCACUCUUGCAACUUCUUGGAAGGUUAUUAACUGAAUGUUGGUCCCUCUGAUCGAUGGAGUAUCAGAUUAGGACAGAUUCAAACGUCUGAGAUUACCUAAUUAUUGUAUUGCAAACUAGUACUCUUCUGACUUGCACUUUAUAAGUAGAACAGUAUAGCCAUUCUUCUUAAGUCUGACUCAGAUGGAGUUAAUGUCCAGCUACCUUAUUAGCCUUCUUCUCUUCUCGUUCUUAGUCCUUUCUCCCAGAGCCUUCGCCGCCGAGGUUACCGACACGCUCGGCAAGGGCCAGAAUGUCACCGACGGCGAGACACUCGUCUCAGCCGGUGGGUCAUUCACCCUGGGGUUCUUCUCUCCCGGGGUGGCUGCCAAGAGAUAUCUUGGUAUAUGGUUCACCCUGUCUGAGGACGUCGUCUGUUGGGUAGCCAACAGUGAAAGGCCUCUCAGUGACUCUUAUGGGGCGUUGGUGAUUAGUGCCAUGGGAAGCCUCCUCCUGCUGGAUAGCUCCGGUCAAGUCGUGUGGUCUUCAAACACAACGGGUAUUGGCUCCACAUCUGUGCAACUGCUCGAGUCUGGCAAUCUAGUCGUGAGUGACGAAAGCGGGGGUGCUGCCAUGUGGCAGUCAUUCGACCACCUGUCGAACACACAGCUUCCCGGAACCAAGAUCGGCAAGAACCUGUGGACCGGUGCAGACUGGCAACUUACGUCGUGGCGUUCAGCAAAUGACCCUUCCGCAGGGAACUUUCGCUACAUGACCGAUGCAGAGGGCGUACCACAAAACAUUCUUUUGGAUGGUGAUCAAGUGAAAUACCGCACCGGACCAUGGAAUGGCCUAUGGUUCAGCGGUGUCACGGAGAUGGCCACAUAUUCUGACAUGUUCACCUACCUGUUGACAAGCACCCCAAGCGAGGUAACCUACGGUUAUGUCGCCAAGCCUGGAGCGCCCUUUUCACAUGUACUGCUCACUGACGACGGAGUAUUCCGGCACCUAGUGUGGGACCAUAGCAGCCGGAAGUGGAAGGUUUUCUUUCAAGGGCCGCGGGACAUCUGUGACCACUACGGGAAGUGCAGGGCAUUUGGUAUGUGCAACGCCAAUGCACCAUUGGCAUCAUUCUGCAGCUGCAUCAAGGGGUUCAGCCCGACGUCUCCUUUGCUGUGGAAGAUUGGGGACACCUCGAAAGGAUGCCGCCGAAACUUGAUGUUGGACUGUGGCAAUGGAGCUUCCACCACGGAUGGUUUCGUGGUGAUGGAGGGGGUGAAGCUUCCUGAUACACACAAUGCAUCGGUGGAUCCGAGCAUCACGUUGGAGGAAUGCAACACAAGAUUGAUGGUGGCAACUUUAGUAUAUUCUUGGUUUGUUGGUAAUCUAGAUAGUAAUCUUCCUCUAGUAGUUGCGUCGACGAAUUUAUUGAAUUUACAGAUAAAUUAUGUCAGGAACACCACAACUGGCGAGAUAAAGAGAAUCUUAACCUAUAUGUUACAAAGAGACGUCAGUCGUUACCAGGACUAUCACGUAACAAUGCGACCAUGCACACUGACUGCUUUCUCAUCCAUUUCUUGCAAUAUAUCCGGCACGGGAGAUGCACUUGAUCGUUCUACUAUAAGAGAGGCUACAAGAAAUUUCUCUGAAGCAAAUGUCAUUGGCGAAGGUGGAUAUAGUGUAGUCUACAGGGGGCAGCUACGCGAUGGUACAAUGGUUGCUGUGAAGAGGCUCAAAAAGUUUUAUCUUACUGAUAAGGGCAAGGAAGAUUUCUCAAGGGAAGUGGGAGUGAUGUCAACACUCAGGCAUGUCAAUCUUGCUAAGCUCCUCUACUAUUGCCGGGAAGAAGAUGAGUGGAUACUAGUCUACGAACUGAUGGAGAACAGAAGUUUGAAUCUUUACAUAUUUGGGGAAGAAAACGGAUUUCGUUCCUCACUGAAUUGGGCGCAAAGACUGGAAAUAAUUGGUGGGGUCGCUGUAGGUGUUGAAUUCCUUCACAGCAAGGGAGUCAUCCACAGGGAUCUAAAUCCUGGCAAUAUACUUGUCAGUGACACGUGGCAUCCCAAGAUAACGGACUUUGCCACCAUGAAGCUGUUUAUUGACGAGAAGACAAAUCCGGCAUUAGUACUGAUGCCGGGAUAUCUCGCUCCAGAGUAUUCAGGGGAAUGGGCCUUGACGUACAAGUGUGAUGUAUAUAGCUUCGGAGUCGUCUUGCUUGAGAUAGUCAGUGGCAGAAAGAGAACAGACACGCCAACGCUCCUUCUUCAGGCCUGGGAACUGUGGGAUCAGCGUAGGAUCAGGGAGCUUCUUGAUCCGGAAGUGGCUGAACCUGAAGGCGACCUCUUGUCACGGCUAGUCAGGUGCAUCCAGAUUGGCCUUCUCUGCGUGCAGCGUUUGCCCGAGGACAGACCUACAGUGACUGAGGUUGUGGAAUUGCUAACCAACACCAGCUCACAGCUCCUGACGCCACAGAGACCCACACAACUAUUCUCAAUCGACACACCCGGACUGAGCCGGACCAUUCGAUCUGACCAGCAUCUCCCACGGGGAUCUCAGUGAAUGCAGCUAAUAAUUUGUUAUCUGUAUGUGUGUCGCCUUGGUUUUUCCUAUUCCUUUCCGUAUCUGUGUCCAAAUUACGACAGGAUCGACUGAACUUCUGUUACUAGGAUGCUUAACACACUAUGCAGAUGGGAGAUGGCGUCUGAGUACAUACAUGCCCAACUUUGCUCAACAAGCGUGAUGUGGGGAGUGUUUUCUAUAUCACCUUCGUAUAUACAUCUGUCAAAAGUUUA